AAAAAACAACAAACUAAAAAUAAAAACAUUAAAUCCGUCGUCUAUAGUACUUAAUUUAAGGCGCAAAUAAAAUUCUGUGCUUCUUGCAUUUGUUUUUGCUGCCCCCUUUGUGUUUUCCAGUGACAACAAACCAAAAUUUAAGCUUCCCAAACAUAUCCGAAAAUUAAAUAUAAAUUACAUAUUUGCAACUGCUUUAAGUUGGCGCGUAAACAAAUCAGCGGCAAAAGGAAUAACAAAGCAAACGAGAGAACAACACAUAUUGUCUAACAAACUUGGACCAAUUUAUACAAUCAACAAAAAGAAUUCUGCUCACCGAUUUGCUAAACUUUAAGUAAUUUUCGAAUAUACACGUCAUUCUUUUGAAUAAACACACACAUAUCUGUAACACAUUGGAGUGCCGCCAAGGCUAGUUGCAUCCUUCCCUUCCGCCUGCUCCCAAAUCAUUCAAGACGGCGCCGCUAAAACCACAAGCCUACAAAUUUGGGCAGAUGUUAUGUUGUGGCUUCUGCUGUGGCAACAUGUCGAAACGGGACUACAAAGUGGCCACCACAGAUGGCAUCGAGCUGGAGCCGUUGGGCGGCGAAAAGUGUGAUAAGGAUAAGGACAAAGAAAAGCAAACCAAUGGCGUCACCUUUGGUGGCGAAUCGAGCGGUGGCCGCCAGACGCGCACCGGCGUCGCUGUCUGCUCGCAGCGACGCGCGCUCCUUGUUGCCGGCAUCGUGCUCGGCUCCUUGCUGCUCACCGCCAUCAUCAUUGCCUACGCUGGACCGCAAAAUGACUGUUCGUGUGCGGCAAAAACGGCGUCUGACUAUGAAACGGAUGAAGAGAACAACACACAGCCAUUCAAUCCAAUUGCAACGAACGGCGAGCCAUUCCCUUGGCUUGAAAAGACGCUGCCCACUAGUGCAAGACCCAUGCGCUAUAUGGUAACGAUACACCCCAAUCUAACCACACUGGAUGUGAAAGGUCAAGUAACCAUUGAUCUGUUCAUCGAAAAGGAAACCAACUUUAUUGUGCUGCAUAUACAGGAUCUGAAUGUAACCGAAAAGGCGCUGGUUACACCCGGUCCCAAGGGCUAUGCGCUGAAAAUUGUUAAGGUGCUCGAAUUUCCGCCACGUCAGCAGCUGUACAUUGAGCUGAAAGAAAAGCUAAAGAAGAAAUCGAAUUAUACGCUGAAUUUGCGUUGGUAUUCAAAGCUAAAUCCCGAACCGGAGGGUUUCUAUGUGGAUCAAUACGAGAACUUUAAUGGACGCGAACGCUUGCUGGCUGCUACAGUCUUUAGACCGAAUGGCGCACGACGUGCAUUUCCCUGCUUCGAUGAGCCGCAUGUGCGUGCUCCGUUUCGCAUUUCCGUAUUUCGUGAUCGCUUCCACAUAGGUCUGUCCAACUCUAUCGUGCAUACAACAGAGGAUGUGGGCUUCUAUAUGGGCACGGGCUUGCUACGCGAUGAUUUCAUAGAAACUCCUCCACUGCCUGCUGAUGCUGUCGCUUGGGUUGUCAGCGACUUUCAACGCGAAUCUUUGCAACCUUCUGCUGCCUAUAUACCCACCACAGCCGCGCCAGCUACUGCCACAGGCAACAAGAAGCCCACGCAGUUAAACAACUAUACGCAGCUGAAGAACAAGAAUCCGCCGGUGCGCAAUAUUACGGCUUUGACGCACUCGUUGAAUGUCAAUCUGACGCCUUUGCAUAAUACCAGCAGCCCAAGCACUACCAUCUUGCCCAGCAUCAUAAAUGGCAAUGGCAAGCCCUCGAAUCUGACAUCGUUAUCGCAGUCCACAGGCUCUUCGAUUAAACGUGCGCCUUCUUAUACGUUCUAUGCGCCCAGAGAUCUCUUGCCGCGCUCUUCCUUUAUUCUACACACUUCACGUGAUGUGCUGGAGUAUCUGCAGACUUGGCUGGACAUUAGCUAUCCGCUAACCAAAGUGGAUUUUGUUGCUCUACCUUCACUGGAUCGUAAUCUAAUUUCCUCUUUGGGUUUGGUUACUUUGAAAACCUCGUUUCUCACCGAUCCAAUGUCCAUAACCUCGGAGCAAUAUCAGUUUAGCGCGCUGCGCAUAGCUGAGGCUAUGGUGCGUCAAUUCUUUGGCGGCAUUACCUCACGCAAGGUGCUCAAGGAUGUUUGGCUGUGGGAAGGACUUAUACAAUAUCUAGGCAUACAUGCGCUGGCUCCACUCCAGUCCAGUUGGCCGCUGCGUGAAAUGUAUUUACUCAAAAUGGCCACCGCUGCUUUGGAUAUCGAUGCCAUUCAAGGUUGGGAUAGCAUUAUGAAUGGCACACGCCAUGAUGGCAAGAAUGAAGAGUUCUUUGUACAGAAAACUGCCGCUAUAUUCUCCAUGCUACACACUGCCAUUGGCGAGGAUCGUUUUCGUGGUUGCCUGGGCAGUUUUCUCAAACUGAAUCGCUUCAAGACCGCCGAGCCCACAGAUCUUUGGACUAUUUGCACCAAGAAAGCGAAUGGCUCGAAGAAUAUUAAGGACAUGAUGACAUUGUGGACACAUCAGCCAGGAUUCCCAUUGCUUACAGUUAACAAAAUGGGCAACAGUAUUUCCAUAUCACAGCGACCCUUUAGACCUGCCGAAUUUCUGGCCAUUCACGAUGAUUCCUAUGAUGGCAACAAUUACAAUCGAAGCACAGUGAAUGCUACAGAUGUGCCCAGCACUGUAGCGCCCACGCCUGCAAGCAAACACAAGUCAGCGCCGCAUCACAAAUGGAUAUUCCCUGUGACAUAUGUAACCGAUAUUAAUAAUGUGAGCGAAACGCUUUGGAUGCAGAAUGUGGAUGUUACCUUCAAUGUGCCAGAGAAUGUGAAAUGGAUCAAAGUUAAUGCCAUACAGAAUGGUUACUAUCGCGUUAUUUACAACGAUGAUAACUGGGCGGGUCUUAUAGAGGAACUUGCCACCAAUCCCAAGCGUUUUACUAGCGAGGAUCGUCUGGGCUUGCUCUCUGAUGCUUUUACUCUCUGCCAUGCGAAUCUGCUGCCCUGCGAGAUUACCAUGAACAUGAUUCAAUAUUUGCCAAGUGAAACAAACUAUGGCCCCAUGGCUUUGGCUUUGAGGCACUUGGAAAAAUGGCGUCGCAUACUCAAGUACUCCGAAUGCUUUUUGAUGUUGAGCGAGUUUAUUAAGAUGAAAAUCUCAACGGUUAUGGAGAAAGUGGGCUGGACUGAUGAGGGAGAUGUGGCAAAGCGACUUAUGCGACCCGAAGUGCUAUUGGCAUCAGUGCUCUGGGAGGAUAUAGACAGCAUAACCAAGGCCAAGAAUAUGUUGAAUCAGUUUCUAUAUUACAAUGGCUCCGCUAUAGCGCCAAAUCUGCGUGAGGUGGUCUACACGGGUUCCAUAUUGUCGGGGGAGUAUAUUUACUGGCAGCACUGUUGGGAGCGCUUUGUCAAUCUGCAGCGCACCUCGGAAACCUUUGUGGAGCGCAUGCAGCUGCUGCGCGCUUUGGGACGCACUAAGGAUGCUUGGCUGCAGAAUCGUUUGCUCUCGCAUGUAACCAUGCUGCCCACCGAGGAGGUGGUGCAGGUGCUUAAAGCUAUAGCGGGCACGCCCACAGGUGGGGCAAUGGCCUGUCGCUUUCUGCAAGCCAAAUGGUUUGAGCUGGAGAAGCGUCUAGGACCGGGCACGCUCAGCUUUGCCAAAGUGAUAUCAGCCAUAACACAAUAUGGCGCAACGAAGUUUGAUUACGAUGAGCUUAAAUCGUUGGUGCAUCGUUUUGGACGUGGUCAGGGCAUGUCUGUGUUGAAUAUGACGCUGAGUAGCGUCGCCUCGAAUGUGGAAUGGGUGGCACGUUCGCAGACGUCCUUGUAUAAAUGGGUGGAGAGCAAUUUGCACUCACAUCGAUAG